AUGGAUGCAACGAGUCCAGUCACCGCGAAGAAGAUGAGCAGAGGAGCUGGGAAGAAGCCGUCUCGGUCUUCGUCGUCGUCGUCGUCGUCGUGGAUGGCCAGGUCCAUGGGGUUCUACUACCUGUCUUCCACCUCCAGCAAGGACAGAGCUCAUCCAGCACCAGCCGCAGCAACAGACAGCAAGAACAGCAACGGCGAGAAGCAGAGCAACGGCAGCAGCAGCGGCAAGAAGAAGAGGAGCAUCAGCAUCGGCCGGAGCAUGACGUGCGCGGGCUCCAUCUGCAGCACCAAGGAGAGCUCGGUCAUGAGCCGGGACCGUGACCGCGGCGCUGGACGCAGCGCCUCGAGCAGGUCUCUCAGGGCCCCCGACGUCGACGCCGUGUACGCCUCCACUGCCGCCGCCAUCUCCGCCACGUCGUCCUUCAACUCGGACACCACCACGGCGGCGACCACCGUGACGACGUCCUCGUCCUCGCCGCUCUCGUCGCCGCUCUCCUCCGUCGGGAGCUCCUUCCGCGGCGUGCAGAUCAGGAAGCUCUCUGGGUGCUACGAGUGCCACUCCGUCUUCGACCCCAGGAGCUUCGCCGCUGCUGCCGCCGCCGCCGCAUUCCCCUGCGCCGACUGUGAUGAGGUGUUCAACAAGGCAGAGUCGCUCGAGCUCCACAGAGCAACCAGGCACGCAGUUUCAGAGCUGGGGCCCGAGGACACGAGCAGGAACAUCGUGGAGAUCAUCUUCCAGUCCAGCUGGUUGAGGAAGCAGGCGCCGGUAUGCAAGAUCGAGCGGAUACUCAAGGUGCAGAGCAGUGACAGGACCGUGAAGAGGUUCGAGCAGUACAAGGAGAGCAUCAGGGAGAGGGCGAGCAGCGAUCAGGGCAAGAAGAACCCUCGCUGCGUCGCCGACGGCAACGAACUCCUCAGGUUCCACUGCACCACCUUCACCUGCUCCCUCGGCGUCGCGGGCGGCAUCGCGCUGUGCCGGUCGCCGUCGUCCGCGCAGUGCAACCUGUGCAGCAUCAUCAGGGACGGUUUCAGGGUGGAUGGUGAUGGGAAGAUUGCGACAAUGGCAACGAGCGGGCGCGCCCACGACAUGGCUCAGGUGCUGUCGGACAGCGACAAGAGGGCAAUGCUGGUUUGCAGAGUCGUUGCAGGGAGAGUCAAGAAGGCCAGUGACGAGAAGUCUUCAGAGGACGACUGUCACUUUGACUCUGUCAGCCCCAGCACGGAAGGGGUCUACUCAAAUUUUGAUGAACUGUUCGUGUUCAAUCCUAGAGCUAUACUGCCCUGCUUUGUAGUCAUUUACAGUGGCUAUAACCAGUAG